AUGGUGGCAGACAAUAUGCCGGCCGGCGACACCGACCAACAAGAGCUAACCAAAGAUCCCGAUAUGAAAGAGCAUAAGGUUGAUAUCAAAGUAGACGACCUCGACAUAGGUCGCAUACCAGAUACACAAGGGUCUAACCUGCCAAAGUUGACCCAAGUCAUAAUCACAAACGUGCCGCGUCGGCUGAAGCACAACUCCAAGAACCUUGACCAGUGGAUUCUCCAAGUGAAAUCUGCACUGGCACAACUCCGCCUGGAAAACUUGAUCAACAGCAGUGUUGUCCGACCAGUAAGAGGCCAACACAACUACAAUAGAUGGGUGCAAUGGUCUCGCGCUGUCGCAAACUGGUUAUAUCUUCAGUUAGAUGAAAGGCUUCAGCAAAGGCUCCAGGAUUCUGGCAAUUUACACAGUAAAGCGGACAGUCUAUUCAACACAAUCCUGAAAGUUGUUCGAGAGGGGGAAGACAUGAGCGCUAGGCUCGCAACAGGUUCCUAUGACACCAGGAGGAUAUCGGAGAUCCAGGCCGUCAGACAGUACAUUUCGGCACACAAGACUCAGUACCACUUACUCGGCUCGAACUUACUUGCCAUCUCUUCGCUACGCUAG